GUCGUAAACAAUCUUCGUUUAUCUCCACCGAAGCGAUACCAACCAAAUAAAUAUUCCUAUUGCAAAGUAAAAAAAGAUAGCAGUGCGACUAGUGCGAGAAAUGCUUGCACGCCGAAGAUAACUGGGAAAUAGUUAUUAUAUCUAAAAGCUUCUUUUCACUUCGAAAUGGACUUACUUCGUGUGACUGCCGACGAAAGAGCUCAAAUUUUGAAACUUUACGACGUCAACGAUGCGCAAUUAAAAGAAGACAUUGAAAUAAUUAAAACUUGGAAGUCCAAACAACCCCAUCUUCAGGGAGAUUUAAGCGAUGAUUUCCUCGAGAAACUAUUACUUAAAAAUAAAUUUAGCAUCGAAAGGUGUAAAGAAAAAUUAGAAAAUUAUUAUACACUUCGUGGGACAAAUAAAGAUUUGUUGGAAGGUUUUGAGAAAAUUAUACCGUCAAAAGAAGCACUAACUUUUUUGCCACUUCAUAAACUAACGCCAAAUUAUGAACGUGUCGUCAUCAUGAAAUUAAUAAACCUAGAUCCAAAAUGCUACGACCUUACAUCAGUUUGUAAAUUUGCACUUGCCGUAAGUGAAAUGAUGUUACGGCACGAUGGCAGUUUAGGAGUUCGACUACUUAUAGAUCAGACAGGUUUUACUUUAAGACAUCUAGCGAGAUGGAAUCCAGUACAUCUGUUAAGAUUCUAUAAUUUGGCUGAAAAAGCUUAUUCUCUGCGAUUUUUUGGAAUUGAAUUCAUUAAUUAUCCACAGUUUAUUAACAAAGUUCUCGCUAUCUUAAAAAUGUUUCUUCGACCGAAAAUUUACGACAGAAUAAGGUUGCAUGAAAAUUUAGAAUCUUUAUACAAGAUAAUCCCCAAAGAAUGUUUACCAGUUGAUUAUGGAGGUACUAACAGUAAAAUCUCUGAUUUGUUAGAAAAGUGGGACAAAGAAGUAGAAAAACAACAAACAUUUUUACUAGAUUGUUCAAACACUGUUGCAAAUGAAGAUUUACGUCCACCAGAAUCACAAGAGAAUGAUUUAUUUGGAACGGGUGGUACAUUUAAAAAACUCUCCCUCGACUAAAUAUUUAAAUUUUAAAACUAGAAUAUAGAAAAAUACUACUAAAAUUGACAUCAACAUCGAUUAUAACUGCACUUCAAAUGUGAAAUGCAAAAAAUACUUGUUUAGUUAACAAAAUUCAAGCAAAAAGGUUUGUGUAGUACCGUAAAACGGGGUUACUUUGACAUAGUUUGAGAGGUUUUGUUAAUAUAACUUUUUUAUUUGUUGCAAUAUUUUCUUGAAAAAAUUAAACAAACUUAAAAUUUUGCAUCAAGCUCAGUUUUUCAAAAAAAAAAUUUUGAAAAUUUGUUGUCAAAGAAACCCUGACUUUGGGGCUAUUUUGACAGUCUCCUUAAUUACGUUGAAAAUCAAAGUUAUGCUAGCCUACGGAAUACUUUGUCACCUUAAAACUAAAAAUCUGUAAUAUAUGAUGUAAAUAAACUUAAUAAGUUAAGAGUGUGCGAGUUUGAUAGGGAAAAAGUUCUAAGCGAAAAUCGUGAGGAAAAAGAAUGGAUGAAAGAAGUGACGAGUGCAAGAAGAAAAUUGGAAAAGAAAAUCCGACAGCGAUAACUGUAAUAAAUAAUGUAUAUUAUAAAUAGCAAGUAGGACUGUAAAACCAAAUAGGUAAUAAAGACAUUAUUAGUAAAAAAAAA